AUGAAUGUAGAAUUUUUCACGCCACAAAGCCGAAGACCUGCUGACAUUCAGGAACACUUAAGAAAUAAUAUGAUGGCCUGCCUGUCAAUAUCAGUUCAGCUGGGCACUGGUUGCUCGACCACUAAAAUCCAAGCAACCAACUGCCCCGCCCAUCCUGUUCUACCUGACAGUGGGGACCCAUUGUUCACAGAACCCCCUCCGUACCCCUCUGGGCCCCAGGCCCCAGCCCCCCUGGCUGAGCUGCGGGAGGGAGCAGGCGGACGGGAGGCGGCCGGCAUACACGGGCCCGCUGAAAGGGAAAGAAACUUUGAAGGGCCGGCGGGGAGGACGCGAGGGUGCACUUCGUGGACUAGCCCCCUUCAGCCGCCUGACUCCACGGUGGCUUUACCCCUUCGGGAAAUAGGACCCCCAGAUGACACAGGAAUCCCCAGGCUCCAGUACUGGCCAUUCUCCACCAGUGAUCUGUAUAACUGGAAAACUCAGAGUGCUCGGUUUUCAGACAACCCCAAAGAUUUACUGGCUUUACUAGAUAGUGUCAUGUUCACCCACCAGCCCACUUGGGAUGAUUGUCAGCAGCUCCUCCGAAUUUUGUUCACCACGGAAGAGCGAGAGAGAAUACAGAUAGAAGCUAGAAAGCUGGUCCCGGGGGACGACGGUCAACCGACUGCCAACCCCGACCUCAUAAACGCAACCUUUCCUCUGACCAGGCCGGCGUGGGACUACAACACGGCAGAAGCCUUACAGAAAAUUCACCAAGAAAUCUGGCCCAAGCUGAAAGAGCUAUAUGAGACCAGUCCCCCACCAACACCCAAUCCGUACCAGCCGGGAGACUGGGUCCUGGUUAAGCGACACCGACAAGAGACCCUAGAGCCCAGGUGGAAAGGACCACUCCAAGUACUCCUGACCACACCCACCGCCCUGAAGGUAGAAGGCAUUGCGUCGUGGAUCCACUACACCCACGUCAAGCCAGUGGACCCAACCUCCGACCUUCUGGGGCCAAUCACGGUGGCAGCUGAAGCACCGGACACGUGGACUGUGGAUAGAGCUAAGAACAACCCCUUAAAACUCACCCUGCGCCGGCAGCAUAGCUCACUGCAAACAUGCAGAAUCUCCCUCACCGCAUCCUUCAUGGCGGCCGGACUGGCUGGGGGAGCCCUAGGUCACACCCUCAUAGAAAGUAACAAGCUGUACCAACAAUUUGCCGUUGCUAUGGAGGAGUCAGCUGAGUCCCUUGCCUCCCUCCAGCGGCAGCUCACGUCCCUAGCACAGUUUUUAUAAUGAAGAAAUUUUAAAUAACGAAUCCUGUAUAUUCUAAAAGUUUAUAUGUUGUUAAUAAAACUCUUUUGGAGAAACCUACAAAAGAAAAACCA